GGGCCUCGCCUCGCCGAGGGAGGAUAUGGCGAGUAUAAAAGCCCCACCCAGGCCAGCCGGCACUGCUAGGCAUCUGGGGACGCUCUCAGCUCUCGGCGCACGGCCCAGCUUCCUUCAAAAUGUCUACUGUUCAUGAAAUCCUGUGCAAGCUCAGCUUGGAGGGUGAUCACUCUACACCCCCAAGUGCAUAUGGGUCAGUCAAAGCCUACACCAACUUUGAUGCUGAGCGGGAUGCUUUGAACAUUGAAACAGCCAUCAAGACCAAAGGUGUGGAUGAGGUCACCAUUGUCAACAUUUUGACCAACCGCAGCAAUGCACAGAGACAGGAUAUUGCCUUCGCCUACCAGAGAAGGACCAAAAAGGAACUUGCAUCAGCACUGAAGUCAGCCUUAUCUGGCCACCUGGAGACGGUGAUUUUGGGCCUAUUGAAGACACCUGCUCAGUAUGACGCUUCUGAGCUAAAAGCUUCCAUGAAGGGGCUGGGAACUGAUGAGGACUCUCUCAUUGAGAUCAUCUGCUCCAGAACCAACCAGGAGCUGCAGGAAAUUAACAGAGUCUACAAGGAAAUGUACAAGACUGAUUUGGAGAAGGACAUUAUUUCGGACACAUCUGGUGACUUCCGCAAGCUGAUGGUUGCCCUGGCAAAGGGUAGAAGAGCAGAGGAUGGCUCUGUCAUUGACUAUGAACUGAUUGACCAAGAUGCCCGGGAUCUCUAUGACGCUGGAGUAAAGAGGAAAGGAACUGAUGUUCCCAAGUGGAUCAGCAUCAUGACCGAGCGGAGUGUGCCCCACCUCCAGAAAGUAUUUGAUAGGUACAAGAGCUACAGCCCUUACGACAUGUUGGAGAGCAUCAGGAAAGAGGUUAAAGGAGACCUGGAAAAUGCUUUCCUGAACCUGGUCCAGUGCAUUCAGAACAAACCCCUGUAUUUUGCUGACCGGCUGUAUGACUCCAUGAAGGGCAAGGGGACUCGAGAUAAGGUCCUGAUCAGAAUCAUGGUCUCCCGCAGUGAAGUGGACAUGUUGAAAAUUAGGUCUGAAUUCAAGAGAAAGUACGGCAAGUCCCUGUACUAUUACAUCCAGCAAGACACUAAGGGCGACUACCAGAAAGCGCUGCUGUACCUGUGUGGUGGAGACGACUGAAGCCCGACACAGCCUGAGCGUCCAGAAAUGGUGCUCGCCAUGCUUCCAGCUAACAGGUCUAGAAAACCAGCUUGCGACUAACAGUCCCUGUGAGGGUGACAUUAGCAUUGCCCCCAACCUCAUUUUAGUUGCCUAAGCAUUGCCUGGCCUUCCUGUCUAGUCUCUCCUGUAAGCCAAAGAAAUGAACAUUCCAAGGAGCUGGAAGUGAAGUCUAUGAUGUGAAACACUUUGCCUCCUGUGUACUGUGUCAUAAACAGAUGAAUAAACUGAAUUUGUACUUUAGAAACA